AUGUCUUUGCGACUGAAAGAGCUGGGACUUUCCGUGGAUGAAAUUCGCUGCGGUAAAUUAGAGGCAAAAAUUCCACGCGAUACCAUUACGUGGACACCUUUGCAGUACGCAUGUGCUGUAGGAAAUGUUGAGCUUGCAUCGGAAAUUCUUGCUGAAAACCCAGAAGCUGUCAAUGAAUUGGACAACACAAACUACGCAUACUCACCGCUGCAUAUUGCUGUGCGAUACGACCAUGAGAACAUCGUCAAACUGCUGCUGAGCGCUACUUCUAAAAGCAAUGCCGUCGACAAUCAGGUAGGUUGUACUCCCUUACACUUGGCGGUUGUGCAAGGCAACCAAAAGAUGGUUAAGCUUUUAUUAAACGAUGCUAGCAUUCAGCAGCUUAAGUCCAAGAAUGGAACCACACCUAUUGAGAUAGCAGAAAAGCUCCAGCUAUCUGAAAUACAAACGCUCCUUAUUGAUCACGCGACUCGAGUUGCUGGUCAGAAGCAGCUUUCAAGUUGGUUAGCAAGUAUCGGAUUGGUGCAAUACGCACCAAAGUUGUUUGACGAAGGCUAUGAUGAUGCUCAUUUCUUGUUGUCAACGGGUGGACUAGAUGACGCGACAUUAAAUGCCAUGCACAUAAGAAAAGCAGGUCAUCGAGCUAAAUUACAAAAUCUCUAUCAAUUGAAACAGUUCUUGAAUGCUGAGUCGGAAGAGGAAGCGAGUGAGAGUGAGGACAACGAAAGUCAAUCCAACGAAAAAGACUCAGAUGAAUACGAGUCGGAUGAGUCUGAUAUCUCUGACGAUGAGUGA